CUGCAACUUCCCACGAAGAAGAAACGACUUGACGAUAGAGAGGUGGAAAAAAAAAAGAGCAGAGGGUCUUCUCCUGUUUCUGUUUACAACAACAUAAUGGAGCCAAAAUGGUCAAAUAUCAUCUGUAAGCGCGUUUUAUUGACAGGAUUUACGCUAUGUGUUGUGUUAGUCACAAAACCUACAUCAGCUAUCGUCAUACACGCCGACUCAGAGCUGGUCAUGCAGAACGGCACCACAGGGACCCUUCGAUGCACCUUCAAGUCGAACGAGGUGGUCAGCAGCUUCACCUCGGUGACCUGGAGUUUUCAGUCGAGUCAACCCGACACUCAGUUCUCCAAUACUCCACAUACGAUUUUCUACUUUUCCAACGGGAAAGGAUUCCCAGGACCAACCGAGUUCAAGGACAGAGUGCAGUUUAUUGGAGACAUAAACAAGAGGGACGUCUCAAUACAGCUGAGUCCAACUCAGUUCAGUGACAACGGUACCUUCUUCUGUGACGUGAAGAACCCACCAGACGUAACAGGAACACCGGCACGAACGGAGCUCAGGGUCGUUCUGAGAGAAUCUCUUCCUCAGAGCAACACCACCAUUAUAGUCGGAGCAGUCUGUGGUGCUUUAUUUCUGCUCGUCCUCAUCGCCGUAGCUGCCUGCAUUGUCAUGAGGGUGCUUCACAACCGCCAUGAUUAUGAAGGAUGUACGUCCUUGGAAAGCGUGAGCUCUCAGGCUCCGAAGCCACGAAAGAAGGUGGAGUCCAGCCUGGAGGGCUCCAGGUCUACCAGUCCCUCGGGUCCACUUCAGGGCCCGGUGAUAUACGCCCAGUUGGAUCACUCAGGCAGCAAAAACUCGUUCCAUAAGAUGGAGCCAGUGGUCUACGCUGACAUUCGUAAAAACUGAAGAGGAACAGGGGACCAAAAAAAAAAAAAGGAAAAGAAAUAAAACACAGUAAAGUAUCAAACCUCUAUCAGCUGCUCUUGGGAAGGGUGGGUAUAUUUCAACAGGGACAGAAAUUGGUGCAGUUUCUUUAAUUUUUCUUUCCAUCUUUUGUCCUCUGAAAGCAUGAUGCUGUUCCAUGAUAAAGUGAUGUCUUAAUGUACUUUAGUGUAAAGAAAAAGAAAAUAAGCAAAGACUCCAGUGAACACUACAUUACUCCAUCAAGUCAGCCUUGAAAAUUGUUCUCGAACACAGAAAUCAAACAAAAAAUUCCUUCAUAGAUAUCAUUCCACGUGUAAGAAUACUUUGUUUUAAUCAUCGAAGCAUUAUGCCGACAAAAAGUUCUUCAGGCUGUUGCACCGACUGAACAUAGAGUCAGUAUCAGAGUCACAAUGUGCCACCCAAUUUAAAUGUCAAAGAAAAGUUAGCAGUAACUAAAGCCGGGCAGGCACUGUAUGGUUUAUUUAUAUGUUGUGUUAACUGACCUUUAAUGUUUUAAUUGGCCAAACUUCAUGACUUGGGUGCUUGCACUCAACGAAAAUGCAGCCUAUGACGGUUGGUUAUGUACUUCUAUAUUUAAAGAAGAAGGCUUAACAUCUUGACUCUUAACCGUGUGUUGUAACUUUUGUGGUUCUCUCUAAAAUUAACAAUACACUACACUACAAUGACAUUCCAACUAAGCUACGUCUUAAUUUACACACACAGCUGGUGCAACAGGCUGCGGUUCAUCUCCAUUGGGCACUUCCAUAGUGAUCUUGUUUUGUAGGGGCGUAUGUAUGUAAUGUAGAGUUCGAUUGUACAUCGCCUUCAGUAACUUUGCAUGCAUAAAUUUGGUACGCCUCCGAUUGUUGUUAAAACGCAAGAAGCCGUCUGACAUUGUAUAACUGUGAAUGCUUCAGUUUCCUGUAGAGUUCUGGCAUGUUGUGGUACCUUUUUACCUUUUCUUUUUUUCUUUUAAAUAAACUGCCUCCCGUUUGAUUUUCACCUCAGUGGAGCAUCUUUAACCAGUUUCCAUCCUACUGGUUUUAAUUUAGGGUGCUCUGAGUGUCUGUAUUUAUUUCCAUUUUUUCAAAAAUAGGGCAUAUGAACACACAGAAAUGCAACCCAAGGUGGAGUUUUGUGUUUGUCGUCACACUUUAACAAGUUUUUCUUAUUCUGCCUGUUUUGUUGGUAUGAUUAGAAAGAAUUCUAAGUUUUAGUUUUGAGUCAUUUUUGAAAUGUGCAUGUUUAAACAAAAUGUUCAACUGAGGUGAAAUAUCUCCAAUGAAAACUGGGAACUCUCAAAUGCUAAAUACACUGUUUGCAUGCAAUUUACUAACAUAACAAGCAUUAUGAAAAUAUCCAUCAUUUUUCAUCUAUGUAUUGUGUAAAGCUCUUUUUUGUUAAAAAAAAAUAAUGGGCCAAAUAUAUUAGAUAAGUUCUUUCCAGAUGCUUUUAAGCUUUAAAAUGCAUUCCAAAUUUAUGUUUUCUUUUGUCUUGAAGCAUUUAAAAGCCAAAUUUAUGUUAUAAUUUUGUCUGUUAAUGGUUCAGUGACCUAUGAGAAUGAUAUUUGUGCUGCAAACAGUCUAAAUGCCUUCAGCUUCAGCUUGUGAUUCAGAAUGCAGUAAAUUUCCAUGUUGACCAGUAUUUGUAUAUAUUUCUUGCUCAUGUAAGAUAUAGUGCUGUUUACUGUAACUCAUUCCAGUGUGGUAUGGCUGUGGAUGUCUUUCCAGAGAAGGAAAGUAGUUUGCUGUAGAGGUCUAGAAAGUGUGUGGCAUGCUUUUUUUUUUUCUUCUUAAGUCUUAAUUAUUUGUCACCGUACACUCCAACGUAUGCAGUGCCUGCAGAAAGUGUUGAGCCCUGAGUCACUUCAGAAUGGUUUGAAUUCAACUUUAUUUAGUCAAUCCAAUGAUAUAUUGAAUCUAAUGUGACUUUUCUUGUGCUUUAAGUCCAAAAGAUUAAAUCUGGGGGAUAAUAUAGUUAAACCUGCAGUUAAAGAGAGGUGCUUAUUUACACCUGAAAUAAUUAUUAAGCAACAGUAUCAUUCAUUUGGUCUCUGUCAACACUUCAAGGAAAAACAUGGUUCUUUAGCAGCAAAAAUGCUACACUACGUUCACCGGCUAGUGCUAAAAUUAACACUAUGACAGUGGUGAGAGUGAACCAAAACAGUAAAGUUACAGUUAGACAGCUAAACAGUGAGCUGAAGCGCACUAUAAGCUCCAUAAAGCCGACGUGAGCUGCAGAUUCAGGUGAUAAUAGGGUUGAUUGUAUCAUUGUGAAUGUCGCUGAUCAUGUAGAUUUUGUAUUGUCAGUUUCACGGCUGCGCUCACAAUAUGCACCUUUACAAGACUAAAAGUCUGUAGCCAUAAUGCCUGUAAAGGUCAGUAUGCACCUGAAAACAGAAUAGAAAACAAGCAUGUUAAAGAGUUUAAAGAGUGUUGACCACUCCCAACGGUGAUGUCACAGUGUACUGACACACCCUAGAGUACACUUGUACAUCACUACAGCAAAACAAAAUCAAGAUUUUCAACUACUUUAAAGUUAUUUGUUUUAUUGGAAAUGUGGAUGGAAGUCAGGAAACUGCAGAUCAGGAUUCACCCUCUCAGCCUUUAGACCAUGAAUGUUUGUUUCACAUAUCAUGCUGGUUCUUUCAGAAUGUGGGAAUAUUUUAAUUUAAUUAUGACUUCCCUCUGACUAAAGAAAGUCCUAAUUCAGUCCAUUUUGACGUGACUGUGGCUGUGACACCACACACAAUGCGCAGGCCCUGUAGUCUUCCAGAUUAGUUUUAUCUGUAAUGUUCAAGUCUUUUCUGUUGUUUAUGUUGUUUUGUUUUACUUUACUUAGCAUGUAUGUCAAUGUAUUCACCAAAUCCAAAAAGAAAACAACCUGUAUGAUAUCCACAAACCUUUACUGCUGGUCGCUUUGCUCCUAAUUGUGACUCGUUGCAGUGUUUAGUGCUGUUGUAGAAAUUGUGAUGUAAACUAUAAAUUAUGAAAGAGUUCCAGUUUGACCAAGUUGGCGCGCAACGUUCAGUGUGUCGGUGUCUUAAAGUUUGGAGUGAACGCAGGCUGCGAUGUUCACUUUACUCACGACCAGUCUUAAAGGGCGUGCUUAGUGUUUUUUUUUCCGAUCGUAAAUAGUUGUGUUGUUAUAUGAGAUUUGUUUGGUAUGUUAUGUUGUAAAAUCUGCACUAUGUCUUGCAUAUCAAAGACAACAAAUUCCCUGUGAUUUUUUUGUUUUUGUUUUUGUUCAUCUCGGAAUGAGCUUGGCCUCUGUUUAACGUCUUUAAAACUGGAAUGUUGUACAUUUAGUGCCUUUUACAUUUCAUCAGCUAACUUGAACAUCUGCUCCAAAUAGAAAAAAUAAGAUUCAUUUAUUUUCCUUUUAUUGUAUGUAU